CGUCAAUUGAUUCACCGACACCCAUAUAGUCGAAUUAACAGCUACCAAUCCUGUAACAUUGUUUUUACUGUUUUUACCUAUAACGAUAAAAUAAUUGCAUUUGUUCUUGUACGAUAUAAUAAAAUCAAUGGGGUUGCAAGGACAAGGUCCCAGGCAUUAUGUUCAAAUACUUAUAACAUCGCACGAAUCCUUGUAUUAUAUCAUUCAAAUAUUAUAUUAUAUUAUAUUAUAUUAAAUCACAUAUGUUAUUAACAAAAUGGUAUUUCUUAGAAUUCAAAUUAAAUGCGUCCUUUCAUAGUUAAGAAUGGCGCAAGUUACAUAAAAUGAUAGAGAAAAUUGACGGAUAUAGAAUACUAUUGAGAUAAUAAAUGUUUUCGUAGUUUCCUGAGAACGAAUAUUGAAUUUAACAUAAAAUGCUACAUUGGGUGUUGACUCAUAGUUGCUUCUACCGCAAAAAACAACAAUAAUUAUGAAAUAUCAGUGCGUAAUAGUGAUUGUCAGAAGAGUAACGACACCUGUCUCGAAUCGACAAUCAUGUGUCUGCUUGUGACCGUCGAAGCAGCUCGUCUUGUUCACCGUCUCCGUGACACGUUCGACAAUCACGUAUUCACAGCAAACAAUUUCGAAGUUCGAAGAUCCGUUUAUCGAACCUCACCACGUACCAAGCGAACAAACACCGUCGAACAAGUUAGCUGCCUGCCUAUAGCGCCCUCUUGCGCGUAUUUCUCUGUAGAAUUUAAAAUUGUACGAACCACAUGAGAACCAUGGCAACGUAUAAAGUGGUAGUUCACAUUUAUCACAAAAAUGUGUGUGUGUUUUAGAUUCUCUAAUCAUUACAGUAUAAUAAUAUUAUUUGUAAUAUGAUACUACGGCAAUAUUGGCCCAAAUAAAUCAUAAUAUAGCUUAAUAACUUAAUAAACAGCAGCAUCAACAGCAGCAGCAUCAACAACAACGACGACAAUAAUAAUAGUAAUAAUAAUAAUAAUAAGAAGAAGAAGAAGAAAAAUGAUAAACAAUAACAAUAAUAAAGUCAAAGAAAAAAAUAAAUACCAACUCGAGCAAAGUGUGAAAAAUAAUCUCAAUAGAAGUGACAAAAAGAAGACACACGUCCACGCUUGAUCGAUAACAGUCUAGCUGGCCAAAGAAGGCAAACCGAUCGUUCCACGUGCAGCCAUUCGCAUGCCACCGAUAAGAAACGUUCGACAGAUAAAGCGAGCAUCCGACGAUCUCCGGUAUCACGAAUGAACCGGUCAUCGUCUCGAGUGGCAACGGAGCGCGCGGUCAUUGUUUCGGCGGACAUCGCGGAAGAGCGAUUAUUCCUCGAAGGGGACGAAUUAAUAAGCGGCACAUCGGGCUCGAUUCGAGCCGGGCUCGAUGGGAAACCUCGCCGGCCAGCGCUUCCUGCUCCUUGACAGUCAAUACGUGACGGGAUUUCGCUUCUAAUAGCACCGCGGGGGGAGUUCAACGUAAAGUUCCACGAACCGCGCACACGUCUCCCCUUUUUUGUCCGCCUCCUACCCCUCGGGGCUCGCCGAAUCGGCGAGCGGCCGCGCGCGACACGAUGGUGUACGCGCAUGUACGAAUCUAAGGACAUCUCAGACACAUUCGAAAUACCGCGGGGUAUAAAGGCCUGCAAGACCUGUUUUCGUCCGAUAGCCUACCGUCCGGAGGAAUCCUGUCGCAAGGCUACAUCGCCAGGAAUAGACGACGCCCGAGACUACGCCGCUGCGACAGAAGCUCCACGGUUUUCGGUGAUCACCCCUUCGAACGUUCUCCAGCGAUGUUGUUGCCGCUGCUGUUGCUGCCUCUAGUGGCAGCCGCGCCAUUGAAUCCAUCUUUGAAAAACUACGUCUUGGACAUCGAAAACGGAAUCCUCAAGAAUGUCCAAUACAGCAGCGACGCCUCCACGGAACUCGAUUUGUCAAGCAUGGGACUCCGAAGUCUCGAAAAGAACGCCCUGGACAACGUCUCUACCAUACGAUCCUUGAACCUAGCCAACAACUCUAUAGAAUCUCUACCGCAAUUCAUGUUCUCGAAUCUGACGAACUUGGAGCAACUGAAUCUAGCCGACAACAAGCUCACCACUUUAGAAAACCUCUUUGUGCGGUUAGACAAGCUUCAAAUACUGAAUAUCUCUAACAAUCCUGUGAUGCAUCUUCGUAGGGGACAUAUGUUUGGCUUGACUAAGUCCGCGACAAUCCUAACAAAGAACAACGUCUUCUGGAGUAUAAGCACUGGCGCGUUCGCUAACUCAUUCCUAAAAACCGAGGAAGAACUAAAACAGCUGGAAAAAAUGAAAGCUGAAGCCGACAUCGAACAAACACACCAGGAAAAAGAGAAAGGGAUGGACAUGACCAAGGAGGAAUCUUUGAAGAUCGAAUGCCCGCAGUCCAAUAAAGUCAUAAAACCAGGCCAAAUGUUGAAACUGUGCAUGUCUGACAAGACAGUGAUUUCUAUAGAGCCUUUAGACGAUGGUGUGAAAAUCGCUAAAGGAAGUUCGUGUCUAGAAUUGCCGAUAGACGAGAAGGAAAAAAAAGUGAGUCUACGGGGUCUAGGAAUUAGAGGCUUCCAGGAGGGUUGGUACGAUAUGUCGUAUUUGCCAAUCGCUUCUCUGGACUUGUCCAAUAAUGACAUAACUGAGAUUACCAGGGAGAUGCUGAACGACCUGCCAGCGGACUUGAUUUACGUGAAUCUCGCAGAGAACAGGAUCAGAGGCAUUUACAGCCAGGUGAUCGAGAAUAGACAUUUGAGAAUGUUGAACCUUAAGAAUAAUCUUAUAGAGAACAUCGAAGAAGGUGCUCUGCAGAAAACGAAUCUGACUGGUUUAUACGUUCUCGGUAAUCAAUUGGACAAUUUAUCUUUCGUAGCUAGUUUGCCUCAAACUCUGACGGAGCUGGUCGUUUCUAGUAAUCACAUAGCUUCGAUCUCCGACAACGCUUUUUCGAAUCUUCCUCGAUUGGUCUACCUGAAUCUAGCCAAUAACAACAUCAAAAAGCUUCAGAACAAUGUCUUUCAAGGUUUAGAGUCCCUCCAGGUGCUGAUAGUUACGAGGAACAGCUUGAUGGAGAUCGAACGCCAGGCGUUUAACAAUCUGAAACAAUUAACUACUCUGUAUCUUCACCGCAACUCUUUGACCAAACUGCAGAAAGGUACAUUCACUGAAUUGGAGAGCCUGAAAGAUCUGAACUUGGCUUGGAACAAAUUUGAAGAGAUCACCAAGGACACUUUCGCUUGUCUGCCGGAAACUUUGGACUUCUUACACGUUGACUUUAACGAAAUAAGCAGUUUGGAAGCUGGCAGUUUCGUCAAUGUUCCACGAUUCACUUUAUCGCUUACCGGGAACAAAAUUUCGAGCAUUCCAAAGGGGACUUUCGAUCUUCCGACGCUCAGGGAUCUUCAUUUAAACAAUAAUACUUUGACGACUAUCGAUGGGGAUAGUUACGAAGGUCUACCGCAAUUGAAACGACUUUGGCUGACUGAUAAUCUAAUCACGGUGAUACCGAAAGGUUCGUGCAAGAAUUUGGGCAGCUUGAAUGUUCUCGACAUCUCGAAGAAUCCGUUCGGGAAGCUGGAGAAUGGCGCUCUGUACGGACUCAGCACAGCAAGAGGCAAUUUCUUAUAUGUUUAUGACAAUCAACUAAAAGAACUUCAGGCUGGAGUAUUCGACGACGUCUAAUUAGAAAUCGAUUUUUUCUGUUGGGACACGUGAUCAUCAUAAUACAGGAAGAUUAGAAAACUACGUUACAUUUAUGAAUCUUAAAACGUCUAAUUCUUCUCCCGAAACGUUUUCCAUUUCCCGUCCUUCUUCUUCUUCUUCUUCUUUUUUCUUUUUUUUGGUCAUUUAUUUUCGUCAUUUGCGUAAUUAGCAGCUCAUUUACACCAAAAACUUAUGUCGUAAUUUGAUAUAUGAAAUAUGUCAAAAAUGACAGUGGUAAUUGAAUUUUCUUCCGCUUGUUCGUUUUAAUAUCUUAAUAGUAUCUUAUUAAUUGGUUCUCUCGUUCCGUAUUUGUUUUAUUAUCCAUUUGCUGAGAGAUUAUUGAAUUUAAUUAUAUCGUAACAUCCUUUCGAAGAUACAUUCCAAGGAGCUUUAAAAGUGAAUUUCCUUUCGUCUUAAAAUGUUCACUUCCUGUACGAUGUUAAGCUUUUAACGUUGAAAGUACCAGACGGUGAAAGUGGCUAGUUCUUUAUUUUGUUACGAAGAUAACAUUUAUUAAGAUUUAAUUCUCGAUGAAUACAUCUUCAUGAUUCCUGUAAUUUUUAAAGCAAGACGUCUGGACCGAUUCGUGCCAAGCAGUCUGGUAGUUGCACUGUUAAUCUUAUCGAGCCCGUGUAAUUAUAUUGUAAAAUUCAGACGUACAAAAGUGACAUGUCGUUCGAAGGAACCUAAUACGUUCAUUUGUUACGAUAUUAUGAUCUUGAUAAAUGAUGAUCUCUCACGGCUGCGAUCUAAUUGCUAAUAUACUUCACCCACACUAAUAAAAAGUGUUACAUAAUUACUUCCGCGACACUUGGUAAACGUGUACUUACACAGAAACUCGUUUUGUCGUUGCGUUCAUUAUCACAUCUUACCGUUUUAUAUAUUAUCGAUUAUGAUUACUGGGUUUAAUUAAACGAGUUACGCAGUACCUUGGAAGAAUUGAUUGCUCUUUACAUAUGGCUUUAGAGCCGCUGAUGAUCAUUUUCAUUCUCAUUUUGGCGCGCAAGACGUGCAAUCUAUUACGAUCAUCUGUGAUUCCAAAUCAAUUAUAGUUCAAAUAUAUACAAAUUUAUUUCAGUAAAAAAUCAUUCAUUAUUCUUGAAUACCUUCACUUCAUUCGAAAAUGUGUUUAUAUGAAAAUUCAUUUCAACAAAAAAUUAUUCGUUAUUCUCGAAUAAGUUCAGUCGAAACUAUUGUUCGAUCCUUCAUUCGAAUAAAAUUUUACCGGAAACAUUUAGUUACGUGAAAAUUCGAAACUAUUGUUCGAUCUCUGAUUCGGACAAAGUUUCGUUGGAACAAUUCUAAUCAAAUGAAAUUCGGUUGAAGUAAUGGCCGACUUCAUUCCCACCAUACCAGGAUUCUAAAUAUACCGUUCAUCCUACAACCGGCAACUACCAUUUACCGACCACCGAUACAAGAAAAGAAAAAUGAAUAGAAAAAUGGGAAGUUUCUGAUGAACGGUUAAAGUGUGUCGAUCCUGUUCGGAUCCGGUCGCAUCUCCCUGUCCCAAGGUUCGCGUGAAAGUCAAGGCCGGCCGGUUGUAAACCGCAAGCAUCGUGUUUAUAUGCUGUACAUGUUAUACAUAUACAUACGUAUGGAAAGGGUUGCAGUCACGUUCGGGAGAAAGCGAACGGGCAACCAGUUUAUGAAAAUCGCCGCGCGGCCACUGUCUCGACGGCUUUCUCGCGCAACCGAACCCCGAAGACCUUCAUUAUCAUUCGACGGCGAAGUUCACGGCGGCGAAACCGUACGCGUCGUUCAUUGGCGUUCUCCGAUCUCCAACACGUUUCAAGGAACAAAGUAUUUCACUCAUUUUAGCACGUUGAAUGCCGCAGGAUUUCAUAGAGCAAAAUACGCAACAUGAAACGAAUGUAGUAUUAAAUCAUUUGCUUGGACUGCAUUAUUAUUAUUACACGUUCGUCUAGCUGAAUGUCACCGUAUUAAGUAGCAUUAUUUAUAAUAUAGAAAUGUUUUUAAUUAAUCAUUGUUUCAUCGAGUAAAUUAUAAUGAUUCGAUUUGGUUUGGAGUCACCGGUGACCUCCAUGGCAUCCAAUGUUUUGACUCUUUGCAGACGUAUUUGUAUGUGAUAUAUAAGAUGAGCAGUAUCAUAUUCGAUUCAUUAGAUAAGAAACUCACUGAUCGAAUCAAUUAGCUGCAUAUAAUAAAAAGUAGAGAAAAAUGAGGCAACAAUUUCAACAAGUGGAAAACCAAGAUGACGAAAAUUCAAUGUUUCACAAUUACGACUGACUUGAUGACAAAAAGUCGUAAUUUGAAUCUUGCAAUAUUUUCAUGGAAAAAAUAUAUGAAAUGUAUGCAGAUACUAGAAUGUCAGCCUUCAGGUGAUGUUGCCGCAAAAAAUGCUGGCCGGAUGUGUUAAUUUCCCUGCAAUUAGCUCGAUAUUAGCGUCGAUCUCGAAUAGCUGUUCUUGACAUUUACUUUCGAACAUCCCGCCAUUGUUAGUCAAUCUGGUUGUCACUGGGAUGAUUUUACAGUUCGUCCCGAGUUUCCGAUUUAUUCCUCGGAUAAUAUGGUAUUAUAGACACAUAUUUCUGAUAACUUCAUUAUACAGUUGUGACAAAGAGUGAAGUAAUAAAUAACGGAUUACUAUAAAUGAAUUAUUUAUAUAAAGGAUCUUCAGCUUCUAUGGUAAUCUUUAACCUUGGUCCAUAACGGUUUUAAAGAUAAGGAAAGAAACUGUGAUUAAAAUGGAGAAGACAAACUAUUAAAGAUUUUUAAUCGGGUGAGUUAUAUUCAAAAGCAAUAAAUUAAUUGGGUGUAAUAAUGAAUAAAUAAAUAAAUAAAUUGAUUGAUUUAAAUAAUAGUAAAAUUAUAUAAAAAACGAUAGAGUGAAAACCAGGCAAAACAUAUUAAUAUAAAAAUGAAAUUACACCUCUUUGCCAAUUAUAUGACUAAUUAAGAUAUCUGCAUAAAUAAUAUACAUACAAUUAAUGAAAAAAAAAGGAAAAAGAUAUAUGAAAUCGAUAAGAACAAUAGAAUAUUAAAAUAAUAAAUAAUGAAACGGUGUACUCUAAUUAAGUAGUCAAUUAUAUAAUUUGUCGACUUUUACAUCUAGCUAACAAGUAAAUCUUGAAGAUGGCCGGAACCAGUACCAAACGUAGACAAAAACUGUUAUACAACCGUCUAGAAAGGCUAACAUAAGAAUCCUUUAGUAUGUCAUUACCUAACUAUUUGCCUAAUGAUUUUCUUAUCUACAAGGAAGUUGUAUCUUAAAAUUAAAGGUAGGUGCCCAUCGUAUAAUUUAUUCGAACUCACAGUUUUCUUGUACUAUGCAUGAUUUGAAAAGAAAUGCAUUGAAAAGUCUCGUAUUGUGUCUGGAAACAAAACUACAUAUGUAUUCUGUUCGCGAGAUUGCUCACGUGAUAAUGGCAUUAUUCACGAAACCGACUUUCCCAUCGAUAUUAUUUAUUGUUCCAACAGUGACAAAGACGCGCAUUCUCACAUACCAGCCAUUUCUCGUUCCGUGGCGAAGGUCCCGAGCAAUUUCGUGGCGCUGACACUGUGUACACCCGUGUUCUCCACUUCCGGUUUAGCAACGGUACCUCGUAGGGUUAUCGAACGUGUGUAUGCCAGAAUUACCGUCCGACGUUCCGUAAACACACCGCGAGACAACAGGUGAGAAUUUUUAGUCUACCGCUAGCGUAAUCCGUCGGGCAGACCGUCUGCUCGUGUAAUUUAUCUAAUCGAGAGCCUUCGGUGACGUGAUGUCUGACAUCGUAAGAGACGUCCCACAGUUCUUACAGCAGCCGAUGAUAAGUACAUUCCUCAUUUUUAAUAGAAAAUAAAUAACACCCAGCGUGAGCUUCGCAUCAUACUCUUUAUUAAUCAUUAUUACGUAAUCCACUUAGUUCGGUUAACAUUUCGAAGCGAGAAAUAUUAUUUGAUGGAUCGUCAAGUUUUGUUGUUAUUUCAGAGGAAGCUAAUUAUUACUGUCGAUUUUCGGGUAACUUAUAACCGAUAACACUGUGGAACAAAUUUUCACCUUUGUUAGUUUUUGCAACAGCCACUAUUUAAUUCUUAUAGAGUAACCGACCACCUAACCGACCCGCUAACCCCACCUAACAAGAGAAAAUGGACUUACACGACUUUCAAAAUAAACGGUCCAUGUAUACAUAUAAGAAGUGACCGGGGUCUAGGUCUAUACAGCGCGUAGUCACGGCCCUGUAUAGCUGUGGCCGGCGAGUGAUGGCCGUGUGGCGCGAAAGUUCCGUUCGCGGACAUUUUCUUACCCUGUCCCAAAGAAAAACCGAUGUCACGCUUACCACGGGGGGUUC